AUGACCUCUGCACUAGCUACUAGGCAAGGGCUUUCAACGCGUGCGGGCAACCUGUCAGCACUCCUGAAAGAGAAUACGACUCCGUUUGAUCUAUGUCUGGACUCAAACGCACAAGUGGAGGAGAAGGAACUUCAGAUGCAGAUCCGUAAAGCCAAAGCGGCACUGUCGAGCAACGUCGGCAAAGUAGAAGAUGCGCUAAUCAAAUCUUGGAACGGUCAGAAGAGCACGUUGACGCUGCUCGUUGACGCUCCUGGAUCGAACACACACAGCCUUGUCGAAGCUGAUACGAUUGCAGGAAGAACUCUAGGAAUCCCGGACUCAACGCGAUUCGCCGAUAUCUGCAUUGGAGGAGAGGAAACUGGCUCCGAUCCCGAUACCAAAGUUUAUUGGCGACAUCUGGGAAUGGGAAAUCCUUUUGCGCUCCUUCGACCACAAUGUCCACUCCAAAAGGAUGGACGAUGUGUACAAGUUCAACUAUUUUCUCGAAGCUCUGGAAGGCGAAGCGAAGGCAGCUACGAAGCAGUUUCAAGUCUCUGGCAGUACGUAGUCACUAGUAGUCGAUCGCCUACAGGAGAAGUAUGGCAAUGCACAAGCACUGGACAUCACACCUCCAUUUGUACGAAACUGUUUCCAACGGAGGCACCACGGAUACCACAGCAGGUAAAAGUCAGCGGAAAGGUGCCGGCGAAAGCUGCACAACAAGUUCGCACUUUGGCCAAGAUGAACCCAGCGAGUCCCGAACAGGAACCCACAGAGGGUCCAAAAGUGGACACUGUGCUUCAUAUUAGCAAUCAAAGCAAAGAUGUCCACAUUCUAGCAGGACAUGCUCAGGUACUCAACCCAGUCACGAAAGAAUUAGAAGCAGUACAUGUCAUGCUCGACACGGGAGCUAAUCGAUCUUUCAUUAGCAAAGAACUGGCCGAUAAACUACGACUCCAAAACGUCGAGUCUCUUCGGCUGCCAAUAAGCACCUUCGGUUCACAAACACAAACACCACAAACACCGUUUGUGAAAGUAUGUGGUGUCACCGUACUACAGAUGUGGGUUGCGAGAGGAACACCACAUUCAUUCACGGUCACGAGGAUCGACGCGGUCACAGAAACGAUUCAGCGCAACAGCCUUAGUCUGCAAGACAAACGCUUCCUCUGUGACAACGAUCUGCAGCUGUCCUUACGUCCUGCCUCAACGAACAUUCAUCCACAGAUUCUUCUAGGCUGGGCGGAUCUCGUUUUACUUCUAGACAAUGGUUUGGCACUGCAAUAUGUCCUUCCUUCGGGACAACUAAUUCCCUCAAAACUAGGGUACCUAGUCGCUGGACGCAGAAACGAUUCUGGAGACGCCGCGAAAGAACACCAGGAAGCAGUCAUACACACCGCGAGCUCAAUAAUCGUCGACGACAAUUCGCAAUCGUGGGAGGACUUCUGCGCGUUUGAAUCCUCAGGGGUCGAAGAAUUCGCUGGUCCAAAAACAGAGGAGCGCAAAAGUCGGAAGUCUGGAAAACGUUCGAGGAAUCAAUUAAAAGGAAGGAAGAUGGGUACUGAUCAAGGAAUCAUAGAAGAAGUCGACGAAACGAAAACUCCAGAUGGGGAACUUAUUUACUACCUUCCGCAUCGUGCUGUCAUCACACCUCACAAAAGUACUACGAAAUUGAGGAUAAUAAUUGACGCAAUAGGCAAUGCCGCUUUGGCCAGCGAUGUGGAGAAAGCAUUCCUGCAAGUGAGACUGCAUAUAAAGGAUAGCAAUCUCGUCAUCUAUCGCUUCGGCAGUGUGACGUUUGGACUAAAAUGCUCACCCUUUCUGCUCGCGGGAACGACCAAGUACCAUUUGCAGUACAACGCGAAGAACAAGGAAGUCGCUCGUGAAAUUGACAACAACGCGUAUGUUUACAAUGUGAUAAUCACCGCAAAAUCAACGCAAGAAGUAACUACCCUGUAUGAAGAGUUGAAGAAGAAACACAUAGCUGAAAAGGAUUUAGGCGAUAAUACCACGCUGAAAAUUCCGGGAAUUUCGUGGAACGCAAAGGAAAACCAGCUACAUUUGACGUGUAAAUAUCCAGCCAGGGAGAAAUUUACGAAGAGAACCGUUUCUGAACAAGUGGCUUCGGUGUACGAUCAGAUGGAAUGGUUGACGCCAAUUACUCUUCAUGGAAAACGGUUCCUGCAACAGCUAUGGAAAUGCGACUGCAGCUGGGACGUUGCCCUUUCGCAGGCACACCAGGAGCAGUGGGAAGAUAUCAUCAAUUCCGUCGAUGAUUUCAAUACCAAAUACGCAGACGAUUUACUCAGAUCAGCGAACCCGUGA